UAUGUCUUGAUUGCGUCGAAUCCAAAUCCAAUUAUCACACUAGCGUUUAAAAAAGAAAUAUAGAACUGACUAUGUAGCAGACGACUCAGAACACCGACAGACGUCGCGUAAAGGAUCUUUGGACAUGGAAAUGUCGCGAAGAAUCUGUCUUUUGAUGUUAAUAAUAACCACGAUUGAAGCGUCCAUAUACACCAACAAAAUUUACAAAUGGACGAAAAAUCCGGAAAGCCAUGCGACAACUGGAAAGAAUUUGUUGAAUCAUAAAUACAAAACUAUUUAUAUGAAAUUCUCUCCCGUUCAGUGUGCUUACGAAUGUUUAAAGGAUUCAAAGUGUAAAUCUUUCAGUCAUGAAAAGGUCAUUAAGUUUUGCGAGUUACAUAAUUCUACUCAUGUGGAUGCUCCAGCAUCGUUUGUUGAUGAUAUUGAAAGGGAUUAUCAUACCCGGAGUGCUUAUUCCAUUGAUCCGGAAGCAUUAGGACCGUGCGGUAUGGACGCUUGCAGUAACCAUGGUAAAUGUCUAGAAACCCGAACAACAGAUGACAAUUUAGUUGCGAUAUGUGUUUGUGAUGCUGGAUGGUCAGGCGUUGAUUGUGAAACAGAAGAUCCUGUACCAACUUGGGGUCCAUGGAAAUCAUGGGAAGCAUGUUCGGUUACUUGUGGAAAAGGCUGGAAGAAAAGAACUAGAAACUGUGAAGAUGCCGUGCUAAAGACAUCGUUGCCGGUGGAUCAAUGUUUUGGUGAUUUAGCGGACACAGAAUACCAGGGUUGUACUAUGACGGACUGUCCACGUUGGGAAGAAUGGGGUGACUGGGGAGAAUGUUCUACACAGACAUCUUGUGGGCGUGGUUUUAAAGUCCGGAACAGAACUUGUAGUAAUGGCGGCACUGCUGGUAUAGAUAGGUACUGUUUGGGUGAUUUUACCCAAUCUGCACCAUGUAUGGAUAUGAACUGUAAAAGUGCUUUAAGAAUUCGUGGUGGAAGUGAACAUGGUGAAGGACGAGUGGAGAUAUAUAACGAUAUAAAGAAAGAAUGGGGAUUAAUUUGUGCCAACCAGUGGGAUCAAUCCAAAGCUGAUCUCAUAUGUAAACAAGUUGGAUUACCAGCAGCACAUUUAGCUAUAACUGAUGGUAGAUUUGGUAAUGGAGAUGGUCAGUAUGGUAUCACGGAUAUCAACUGUGAAGGUGAUGAAAGAACUCUUCAGAUGUGUCAACGAAAUCUAUGGUCCUUGACCUCUACAUGUACCGGAGAUAAGGCGGCUGGGGUCCAGUGUCAAGUCAAUGGUGUUUGGAGUCUAUGGGGUGAAUGGAGCGAGUGUUCGGUGACGUGUGAAGACGGUACUAGAACACGAACACGGCUAUGUAACCAUCCACCAGCAUUACAUGGCGGUCGUGCAUGUAUAGGAGAUGAUUUACAAACGAAACCUUGUACGCUACCAGCUUGUCCAAGCAACGGCACCUGGUACGAGUGGUCGUCAUGGACAGACUGUGACGCUUCUUGCGGCUAUGGCACGCAGGGACGCAAUAGGACAUGCGAUAUGACAAUUGCAACGGAGCUAUGUAUUGGCGACAACAAGGACACGAGGAGUUGUUACGCAGGCAGUUGUGCUGGUAUGACGUCAUUAGAUGAUACAUCUACAUUUUAUUCUAUGUCACAUACACCAAUAUAAUUUUAGAUAUAUUGCAAAAAUACGUUUUU